UUCGGUCACACUUGAAUAAAAAACAAAUUUAAACCCCGAAUUCGGAUUGCAAUUGGAUAUUCAACUGUUUGUCGGGCAGAAUAAACCGGAUUGCAAGAUGACCACGCCUGUGCCUCGCCGCACCAAGGACAUGAUGGCAUUGGGACUGGAUUCCGAUUCGGAGGACGACUUUAACACGCCAUACCGACCACGGCAAGCGACGGCGGGAGAACGAAAACAGCAGCCGGUGGCGUCUUUCCAAGUCCAAACAAGGGGCAAGGAGAAUGAGCCGCAUCCCCUGCCCACAAACAUGCUACCUCGCCGAGUAUCCGAGUUGACUAUGAUGGAUUUGGACAGUGACGAGGAGGACAUUAAGAGCAAUCACAACCUUAACUGCGCCAUCCUAAACGAUUCUUUUGUACUGAGCCCAUCCCAAGAGUUAACAAACAGCAACAGCAACAUAACCACUCGUAAAUCAUCCAAUGCCGCCCCCCUCCAGCAAUCCGACUCCAAUCUCUCGUUCCUGGGACGAUUCAACAACAUGGGCAUUAAUUGCAGCAGCCAAGGGUCACCUGGUGCGAAUUCGGAAAAACAGUUGGCCAAAAAGACAGCGCCAACGCUUCAAGCUGUAUCAAAUGCCACAGAAAGACGCCCACUCCAAGAGACAGAGACGCCACUGCGCAAUGAAAUAGCCUCCUCCUCAAAGACGAAGCCGGAUGCAGACUUCAUCACCCCCCAAGUGCGAACCAUUGGUUCCACACAUGCUGGAAAAAGUCGGAGUGCGGUGUCCAACGACUUCCGUGCGCAGAAAGUCCUCUUCCAAACACCCAUGACCGUAAGUCGUGCUGCUCCAGUGGCCUCCGCUAGCAUAAGCUUCUCCCUGUGCGACACCAUCACGGAAAGUCCCGACAUCCCAGAGCCUCCGAAAAAGGCUGAACCACCAAUGAGUCAGCACCCCUCCAAAAAGUCCCUAGAUAACGUUUUCCGGGAGUCGGAAAAAGACAACGUGCCACCCAAAGUGGAUAUUGUGGAAUCAAAGGAGUUGGUGUCAAUUCCCGCAGUUACUGUCCCUCCAGAUCCGCCUUCACACUCCUCCAAGAUUUCAAAUAUUUUAAAAAUCAAGAAUCUUGAAUAUACGAUUGAUAAGAAACUGGGCUGUGGUGGCUCCAGCUCUGUUUAUUUGGCACGUCGAUCAGAUUCCGGAGAUGAGUUCGCCCUAAAGGUGGUGGAUCUGCAGGCCGAUCCACAAGUGGUGCAGGGAUAUCUAAACGAAACCAAACUCCUGGCAAAGCUGCAAGGAAACGUUUGUGUUGUGGCACUAUACGAUUAUCAACUUGUGCGCGAAGAGUCCAAGCUGUACAUGGUGAUGGAGAAAGGCGACUGCGAUCUGAACAAGAUCCUUCAGAGCUACACCACCAACCUUCCUCUCUAUAGCCUGAUGAACAUCCUCUACCAAAUGCUGCAAGCGGUCAACUACAUCCACCAAAACGGUGUCAUCCAUUCGGAUCUCAAGCCGGCAAAUUUCCUAAUGGUUAGCGGCAGACUGAAGCUGAUUGAUUUUGGCAUAGCCAGCAAUAUCUCUUUGGACUCGACGAGCAUCAUCAAAUUCUCGCAGGCGGGCACCUUUAACUACAUUAGUCCGGAAGCGUUAACGGACACCUCUACGGGGAAUAGCCCAAUGCGCGGAGCCAACCAACCCAAGAUCAAGAUCUCGACCAAGUCGGACGUGUGGUCGCUUGGCUGCAUUCUUUACCUGCUGCUUUACCAAAAGACACCUUUCGGCCACAUCCGAAACAUCUAUGCCAAGAUGAGUGCUAUCGCCACUCCAGGCACCAGCAUCGAGUAUCCCGCCAUUCCUCCCUACUAUCCCAUCAUGCUGGUUCAUAUGGCCAAGAACUGCCUGCAGCUGAAUCCCAAAAAGCGGCCGUCGUGCACUGAACUACUGCAGUACCCAUUCCAUAUGAUCAUUCCGCUACAGAACCUGCAGAUUCCCAGCAGAACCGCCACCAGCAAUUAAGCACGAAAGCUCAGCUAUUUAUUAGUGAAAUGUAAAAGGUCAAAUGUCUUUCUCAUAUGUGUGUGUAUAUAUUUAAUUCUCAUUUAUCGUAAAUUAAACAUCAUAAAUCCUUA